AUGGCAGCGGCGCUGAUGACCGUGUUCGUCCUGUCGUUCCGCAUCAUGGGCGUGUGCCUGUGCGUGCUCAUCGGCUGGAUGUUCGCCUGCAUCGGCCUCUACGGAAUGACCGAGGAGGAGCGCAACCAGCCGCUCAGAGGCUGGCGCAGGCGGCUGCGCGUGGUGCUGUUGCUCUGCACCCGCACCGUGUUUUUCUCGGCCGGCUUCCCGUGGGUGACGGUGCGCGGCCGGCGCGCCUCGGCGCGCGACGCGCCCAUCAUCGCCGUGGCGCCGCACUCGAGCUACUUUGACGUGCUGCCCGUGAUCGUCAUGGCGGCGCCCAGUGUGGUGGCCAAGAUCGAGACGUCGCGCGCCGCCAUGUUUGGCAAGCUGAUCGACUACACCCAGCCGGUGUACGUGUCGCGAGAAGACCCCAACUCGCGCCAGAACACCAUCCGCGAGAUCCAGCGGCGCGCUCACAGCAACGGCCAGUGGCCGCAGGCGGCCCGCAUUAAUGCUGACCGGGGGCCGUAUUAA